CGGGAAACGGACCUAAGCCGCACUACCAGUGUUGGAACAACUAAUACACAUAGUGCCCUUAAAACUCCAGUUUGUGACCAAAAUGUAAUAAAUAAAAUUCCAGUUAGUGGCCAAAAUCUGAUACACAAUAAAAGCAAUUAAAAUAUUGUUUUCAGUAGCAAUUACUCAAAUAAUUUUAAAGUUAAAACGAUGGUAAUCAAAUGGAAUUUAAGAAGAAGUGUAACUAUAGUGUUUCUAAUUGCAUUGGUGAAAACAACAACAUCGGUUGGUGAAAAUUGCAAAUAUGUGCAUCGAAGUAAAAGACAACUGAUCUAUCCGAAUACAACACUGUUACAACUGAAUAUAGGCGUCGGCACACCCAGUCCAGUCAAGCAAGUCAACGUGAACUGGGCUAUCCAAGCCAAUUUCCAACUCCCUUGGAAUAGAACUCAGAUACCCAUAGAUAUACUCCAUGCGAACACUGGGUACGAUGGAGAGGCAAGAGAAGAAGGCUAUGGAGAGACAAGAAAGAAGAGGGACAUUAAGCAUAGAGAAGAGGCAAGAAAGAGAGAAAUAGAGGGUGGCGAUUCAAGAAAGAAGAGACAAGUAGAAGGCUACGUGAACGAUGCUAGAUUGUACCACUUCUAUAAGUAUGUGGAAGACAUGCUAAAUAGUUUCGGCGAGAACGGCACGUCGUGUGUGCUGCAGACGCUGUGCCGGCUCGGCGCGGAGCCGCUACACUCCUAUAGAGAUGAUGAUCUGCUGCACGAGAUAGCCAGCUUUGUGCUCAAUCCACUGAACGACGAAAGCGAAGAUACAGCAAACGAGUCCAUACCAUACAUAUCAGCGUAUAAACUUGGGCUCAGCGGACACGACUGCGGCUACCAGUGUGGGCAUUCCCUUAUAGACUUAUUCUCUCAGAUACACUGAUAUUGUUAUAAGUAAUAAAUUAGUGUAUCUUUCCACAUUCGAUUAAUAAGUGUAUCUUUAUUAUUACCACAGAUAGAUAGUAGAUAGAAUACGUAUUGAGUUAUGAAUGCAGUUCUUUAGAUCAUUUAGAAAAAGUCAGCAUUCAUAACUGAACAACAAAAAAUUGUGAGUUAACACACACAUACUUAACAACAAUUGAAUAACCCUUAAGUAAUCUAAGUUAAAAGCCCUGUCUUUUUCAAAUGCCUCAUAAACGGUAUUUAACAGCUAAUCAACGCAAGAAUAAAUGAAUGAUUUAACGAACAGCUUAACGACACUCUAAAACAGAUUUCAAAUGGCAUUAAGACAUUGUUGAAAUCACACAGCUA